AUGACCGCCGAAGACUCCUCCGCCGCCGCCGCCAUGAGCAGCAGCGACCCUGCGGCGCCCGAAUCCUCCUCCUCCUCCUCCUCCACGUCGUCCUCGGCCCGGGCGGCCCCCGAGGGCGUGGCGGGCGCGCCCCACGAGGCGGCGCUGCUGGCGCUGCUGGAGCGCACGGGCUACUCGAUGGCGCAGGAGAACGGGCAGCGCAAGUACGGCGGCCCCCCGCCCGGCUGGGAGGGCGCGCCGCCGCCGCGCGGCUGCGAGGUCUUCGUGGGCAAGAUCCCGCGCGACGUGUACGAGGACGAGCUGGUGCCCGUGUUCGAGACGGCGGGCCGCAUCUACGAGCUGCGCCUCAUGAUGGACUUCGACGGCCGCAACCGCGGCUACGCCUUCGUCACCUACUGCCACAAGGCGGAGGCCAAGCGCGCCGUGCGCGAGCUCAACAACCACGAGAUCCGGCCGGGCCGCCUGCUGGGCGUGUGCGGCAGCGUGGACAACUGCCGCCUCUUCAUCGGCGGCAUCCCCAAGACCAAGAAGCGCGAGGAGAUCCUGGAGGAGGUGGCCAAGGUGACGGAGGGCGUGCUGGACGUGAUCGUGUACGCCAGCGCGGCCGACAAGAUGAAGAACCGCGGCUUCGCCUUCGUCGAGUACGAGAGCCACCGCGCGGCCGCCAUGGCGCGCCGCAAGCUCAUGCCGGGCCGCAUCCAGCUCUGGGGCCACCAGAUCGCCGUGGACUGGGCCGAGCCCGAGAUCGACGUGGACGAGGACGUCAUGGAGACCGUGAAGAUCCUCUACGUGCGCAACCUCAUGAUCGAGACCACCGAGGACGCCAUCCGCCGCGCCUUCGGCCAGUUCAACCCGGGCUGCGUGGAGCGCGUCAAGAAGAUCCGCGACUACGCCUUCGUGCACUUCGCCAGCCGCGAGGACGCCGUGCUCGCCAUGGGCCGCCUCAACGGCGCCGAGCUGGAGGGCUCGUGCCUCGAGGUGACGCUGGCCAAGCCGGUGGACAAGGAGCAGUACUCGCGCUACCAGAAGGCGGCCAAGGGCGGCGGCGGCGGCGGCGUUGGCGGUGCCGGUGGCGCGGCCGAGGCGGCCGCCCUGCAGCAGCCCGGCUACGUGUACUCCUGCGACCCCUACACGCUGGCCUACUAUGGCUACCCCUACAACGCGCUCAUCGGGCCCAACCGCGAGUACUUCGUGAAAGCAGGCAGCAUAAGAGGCCGGGGUCGAGGCGCAGCUGGCAACAGAGCCCCAGGGCCCAGGGGUUCCUACCUCGGGGGAUACUCUGCCGGCCGUGGCAUAUAUAGCCGAUAUCAUGAAGGGAAAGGAAAGCAGCAAGAAAAAGGAUUUGAACUUGUACCGAAUCUGGAAAUCUCUACGGUCAACCCCGUUGCCAUUAAACCUGGUGCAGUGGCCAUCCCUGCCAUAGGGGCCCAGUAUUCCAUGUUCCAGGCGGCUCCCGCCCCUAAAAUGAUUGAAGAUGGCAAAAUCCACGCCAUGGAGCACAUGAUCAGCCCCAUCGCCGUGCAGCCAGACCCAGCCAGCGCCGCUGCCGCCGCCGCCGCUGCCGCCGCCGUCAUUCCCGCGGUGACAACGCCGCCGCCUUUCCAGGGCCGCCCCAUAACUCCCGUGUACACGGUGGCUCCAAACCUUCAGAGAAUCCCCGCCGCCGGGAUCUACGGGGCCAGCUACGUGCCAUUUGCCGCCCCGGCCACGGCCACGAUCGCCACACUACAGAAGAACGCGGCCGCGGCCGCCGUCUACGGAGGAUACGCGGGCUACAUACCUCAGGCCUUCCCCGCCGCUGCUAUCCAGGUCCCCAUCCAUGACGUCUACCAGACAUACUGA